UGAUUUUAAAGCAGUUCUCACAUUUCCCGCUCGAACACUGUAUAUAAGCAACAAUUUCAUCACUUCCAUUUCAUUCAUCUACACAUAUCAUAAUUUCAUCUAUUCAAACCCUAGAAUUCAUCAUGGAGGAUUCCGCUAAAGAUCAAUCUUCUCUUUCUGGAAAGGCUAAGCAAUCAUCAACAAAGCUUUUGAGGUAUCCGUUGCGAUCGGCUUCUAAAUCGAAGGAAGAGAAGCCGCCUUUGACUGAUUCUUCCAACUCUUCGGCUUCUUCAAGGAGAAGACCAGCAUCAAGUGUCAGUAAGAGCGUUGCUGCUCUUCCUCUGUCUAGUAAGGAAAAAUCGGCAAAGCCUCCAAGAAGGCUGUCUGUUCCGUCCAAGUCAAUUGCCAGCCCGGCUUCUAGACCACUUGGCCCUAGAACUCCCAUUUCUGAGACUAGAGCAAAGAGAUCUGCUACUAACCAAGGAAAACCGGAUACACCACUUCGAAAUGUUUCAAAGUCCUUAAGUAGAAAGAAAUAUGACCUUAUAUCCUCAGCAUCCUAUUGGCUAUCACAGAUCAAGGUUUCUGAAUCUGCUGCUAAGCAUUCAAUUUCCCUUGGUUUUUUCAAACUUGGUUUGGAGGCUGGCUCUGAGCCUCUUCAACGUCUGAGAGAUGAGCUGAAAUCUUAUGUGCAAAGACAUAAGUUGCAAGUUUCUGAACUUGAGGAGCCUGUGAAACAAUUGUUAGACAGCUAUAAUAUUCUACAAAAUACUGAGCAGUUGCAAGUUUCUGAGACUUGCUCUCAUGUGCCUAAAGAUGGGUCACGUUCGUCUGAUGAUGACGUACAUAGCUCUUCCUCUAUUGCGAACACGGAGGGGCUGCAACCCAAAGUCUUGAACAAAGAUUCUUCCGAAACAAAACAAGUGAAAAAACCAACAAUCAAGGAGAAGUCUUCAAGGAUUGGAAGCGCAUCUAGGACCCGGAAUUCUGUAAACAAAACUGCUGCAACUGUGAAAUCUACAUCACCAAAAACUGGAGGUCGUAUCACAAAAGAGAAACUUCAAAAACCUGUUAAGCCAGAAAUAAAUAAGGAUAAGGUGAAAAGACAGGGAAAGAGAGCUGCUCAAGGGGAAGGGCCUGUUAAUGUCUGCACUUCAGAGAAAAUUCUCGAAGAAGAGAAAGAAAAUGUGGAUGCUGCACAAACUGAAGUGAUUAGCACCUGAAAUUUUUGGCAGGAAACUUAUCCUUUUUAAACUCAUAUCAGUGGCCAAGGUGGAAGUGUUUGAAUCUGGAGUGUGCAUUCCAAAAUAUCGUAUUUGGUGUAUUUGUUUGUUUCUUCUUUUUUAUUUUUUUAUUUUACCGAAGCCAUUAUACAGCCGUCCAGUCGAUUCAUUCGUAUUGGAAUUCAUUCAUGCAAGACGUACAGUGUGUUCUUUUUAUUCAACAGCAUAUAUGCUCUUGCAGUUGAAUACUACUUGGAAGUAAUUGUUAUCUAUAGAGAUUGUGAUAUUGUCAUCUGGAU